AUGGCAACCAACGUGCUACCACCAACAGCACCUGCCACCGAUUGCAACAAUGCAUCGCUCAAAUCACAGCAAGCUAUACAUACUCGGUCCAAUGUUUCCGUAUCUUCCAUAAUAUCUGGCGUCAGAAAGACACUUGGACUUGAAUCGAGGAGCAUAAAUAGUAGUAAAUUGAGCAUGAAAUCAGCAGGAUCUAAAAGCAAACUUGGGUCUGCUGUCAUGCUGCCUAGUGAUGGAUCAGAGAAGGACAAGCAGGCUGCCCUGUUUGAUGCUGCUGUCGCGUCAAGGUUUAAAGUAGCUGAAAUACCAGCCGCCGUCCCACCACAAGCAACAACCAUAUUACACCAAACCUACGAAUCCCAAGGCGCUGUAACUCAACUUCAAGGAUUUUAUGCAUUCCUGGUUAAAGGACUGGUCGAGAUGGACAUACCGUGGACGCAACUCACGAGACCAAAUAAAUCAAACCAGACUAUACGCACUAUAAAACAAGUCUCGGAAUGGUUUAAUGAUCCUACUACGAUGUCGUCCUCAGAUCCGUCCCUACGACGGUUUUCAUUCACGACAGUUGCAACACCGAUUAAAUUCGACUUGUCGCUGGAAAUACCAUUGCCACAGCUUCUUACAGAUAUGAAGGAUGCUGAUGCAUUACAGCUUGGGAUUUAUUACCAUGAGCAAGAGGACUAUGCUGUUGCUCUGAGAUACUAUUCAAGUGCUGCUGGUGGGCCAGGAUGUACCAGUGAAUCUUCAAAUCCGAUUGCAAUGUAUCUGUUGGGAGUUUGUUUGAGACAUGGCUGGGGAUGUCAAGAAGACAAAGAAACAUCAUUCGCAUGGCUGGCAUUAGCAGCAGCCUACUGCUGCCUAUAUCCCACAUCUAUGGUUAUCCACUCUACUUCCCUACUGGAGCAACUAAAAGCAUCUACGUCGCUCCUCACGUAUUCUCGAAACCCACUGAAUUCGUCAACACGGCAAACCCUUUCUGAAGUCGUAAGAAAUGUCCUCCCAUUACCGAUAUACGAGCUUGGAAUCAGUCUGCAGAAUGGGUGGGGAAUAUCGAGGUCUAAGCCGAUUGCUACUUAUCUCUUUCGUCUGGCAGCUUAUCUCGGUGAUGCAGACAGCGCAGUACAAUAUGGGUACUGUCUAAUGACUGGCGAUGGUAUCAUCAAGGACAAGAUGGAAGCAGCCAAGUGGUUCAGACAUGCUGAACGAGCUGGAUUGAAACUUGUUGGAGAGACGUGGAUGUACAAACAGAAAUGGGGGUAUAUAGAGGGUGGUGUUGAGUCGUCACCGACGUGUUUUUAA